AUGUCAAUGUUGGGCGAUGAUCUUGUGUUUGAGUGUGUACACAACCACACCAGCGGGCGUGUGGAGGUAUUCCAGUCCAUCAACUACAAGGACAACACUUACAAACGCCUUAUUAAGCCGAAAGAUGGACUGCUGUCUGAGGAAGGUUCGUACAACAAUGGACGACUGCGAUGUCGCUUCAGACGUGAUAACAGGGUGAACAAUGAGGAGCUGACCAACUAUGGACUGAUUUCUCGUCCAUGGAGGCUUCUUAUGGCUCGCGGUCCAUCACACAAAGGGAACAUUCUGCCACAUGAUAUCGUCGUCGGUAACCUGCCGCUUGCCUCCCCUGAGGAAGUGUCACUGGACGUUGGGGCUGACAUCACAGGGCGCGCCAGGUACCAUCUUGUGAAGGCGCACGCUUGCCUGAUGCUACUAGCGUGGAUCUUCUUUGCUCCCAUUGGCCUUAUCUGGAUGAAGUACUACACCACCAUGUGGCCUAACAGCCGCUUCCUGGGACAAAAGUACUGGCUUGUGACCCAUUUCAACUGCAGGGUGUGGGUGGUGAUCCUGGUGAUAAUCAGUGUGAUCCUGAUCUUUAUCGAGGCUGGAGGCUGGAGCUAUUUUCACAAGUUACCGCAGAAAGCACAUCCUAUUCUGGGCAUUAUCGUCUUCAUCUGCAUCAUUGUCAUACCUAUACUGUUCCUGAUCAGGUGUCUUGAAGACCACACCUGUCGGCCAAUCGGAAACUGGUUUUACUGGCUCUUCUGGACUAUUGCCUUCUGUCUGGCUGUGGUGAAUCUAUUUAUUGGCAUGGAGUUUGGCAAGGCGAUGGUUCCCUGGUGGCUGACAUGGAUCAUCUGCAUCUUCUUCCUCUUCAACUUUGUCUGUGAAAUCAUCCUGGAGGUGCACCAAUGCUGCACCCACAAGAAAAACAAAGAGAAUAGGAAGAAGUGGGAGCUGCAGAAGAAAGAAAAUCCUAAUGUACACAUUCCUGAACCCUGGCCUGCCGGGCGCAUCUUCAAGAGGAAUGUGCUGUAUACGCACUUCAUCGUGUGCCUGAUAGUGGUGAUAAUAGCCGUUAUCACAGUGGCCGUGUCUUAACUGCCUGCGUGAGCAACCAGUCUGCGGAAUACAUAGAGACGCAAAUAACUGAACCAGUCUGAGAUUACAUGUUACCAUAGCAAUUAAAUAUUAGUUAAAAAUAUGUCAACAUAAUGUUUUAUCACACCACAAUAUUUUUUUUUGAAAUAUGUAGGCUAUACAUGCAAAGAAAAAGUAGUUGAAAGUCCAUCAUAAAGCCUUACGUUUUGUUAAAAAAACAUGGACAGUUUAUUGGUUGAUUUUAAUCAAAAUCGCAUUUUAAAUAAAGCUUCAUUGUGUGUGAAAAUGGCCAAAUCAGAAUUGUUAACAGAUUCAAGAGAGUUACUAUUGUUAAAUACUUUUGAUCUCAAUGUAUUGAGACUGACAUGACUACAUGUUAUAGACUAAACCUUUCCCCCUGAGAAGCAGACUGAAAAUGCCUAAGAACAACUAGCAUAAAACCAGAGCAGCCUGUGAGUCAUUCGCAGUCUGUUCAGGUUUUAUGCUCUUUGCUGCUCAUCAGUAUCUUAGGGUUUGAACUGAAGCCUUUAAGCCUUCAAUUGAGAAAGAAAAAAAGGUAUGUUUAAUUUAAAGUUUGUUUAAAGGGACAACAAAGUUUGUCAAAAUGAGUAUCUGAGUUUUAAAGGGUUAAGUGAUAUCUUGUACAAGCAGUUUAAAACCAAAAGCAAUAUUCAGUUACAACAAUGCACUGGUUUCCCUACAGUAUUUACUUGGAUGGUGAAUUAGAUGUUUUUGUAGUAAAUAGGUUGAAAAUUAGGCUGCUAAUUGGGCUGAACAAAAGUUCAAGUUGAAGUAGAAUGGAUUGAUUACUCAUUAUAUGUGACGUUAAAUACCAUUAAUGUACUGUAUUGUAAUGCUUAGUAUUAUGCUUAUUGUUUCGGUAUGUCUUGUAAUGAACCUGAACAGAAUUCAUAAUUCCUCUAAAUCCUGCAAAUUGUAUUUAAUCUGUGUAAUGCUGUGAAAAAGUGGCUUUGCAAAACAUGGGAAUAGUAUGCAACAACACUAUGCUGGCUAUGGCUUCAUUCAACUGCCUGGAUAAAAUUGUGAGAUCAUCUAAAACAGUGAUUGCAAAAUGUUUAGAAGGAAAUUUGGGAUAUGCCAGUUAUUGUCAAAAGACUGGUUUAUUGCAUGUGUGUUUUGGCAAAUUUGGGCGUCUUAUGGUGCUAAUUCUAUCUAUAUUAUGCAUAUGUUGUUAAUUGUUUCUAUUUUAUCUCGCAUGUUUGCACCAAUACCUUACAUUGCUGUUUACUAAAUUGUACAUUCAGUGGUAUGUCAGAAGUUAUUUGAUUCAGAAUACAUGUCUUUUUUCCUUGAAAGCUUGUUUUAACAAAAGUUGUAUUUUGUUAUUAAUAUUGUUAAAUAUUGCUGUAAAAUUUUCUCCUUAAGUAUUCAUUAGGAAAUAUUCUGUCAGAAUUUUAAACCCUGGAUUCUCUUUAGUAGGCUAUUUAUUUGGGAAAUUGUUAUUUUAGAAUGUUUAAGGUUGGAUUCUUCUUAGAAAUUUCCAACUGAAAGAUUUUCAUAUCUUAAAAGGACUUGGCUUUAAAAAUUGUUCAUCUUUAUAUUAAAGUAUAUGAAAAAAAAGGUAAACCGUAUUAUAUUAGAUUUUGUAUAAAAUAAAUAUUUGUUAUCCCUGUAUAGAUACCCAUAUUGAAAAUUAUGUUUGUUGCUUUAUCAUGUAUGCUUUAUUCAUGAUGCCAUAUUGCGUUUUUAAAAUGCAAACAAAAUAGAUGUCAUGUUUUCUGAUAAUAAAACUGUCA